CAUUGCGCAGAGGAGAGGAACAGCCUCGCUCCUUCUCAACUUUUGCGCAGCGUCCGCAGCCAAAUGCUGCACCUCUCUCCAAACACUCGGACCUCCCUUUGGAUGAGGACACCUUAAUCUCUUAUCACACAGUUGCAGCUUUUGGGAGAGACGCUGAUGUGACAUCCGAAAAAUCCGGAGACAUGUCAGCCGCUCAAGGACUCCUCAACAGCGUCUUCUCCUGCUCCUCUCCAAACUCCAAAGCUAUAACCAAACGGAGGCUCCGCCAGACCCGGAGUCUGGACCCUGCUAUAAUACGACACUGCAGCACCGGGGGUGAGGGAGUGAGCGGCGCGUCGUUGGCUCUGGAUGCAGGUGCGUCUUCGGAGCGCUUGGCUGUGAAACCGUCUUUACGCACCAGGAUUCCAACCCUCAAAGAGCCCAUAUCACCUUCCAUUUCCUCGCCCUCUAUACCUUUGGAUGUUUCUCCGUCCUCCAACUUCCACUUCGACUAUGAUUUCGGGAAGCGCGCUAAAAGGAAUACAGCGGGGGAUUUACCGUUUCUGGUGCGGGGAUCCGGAGCGGCGCAGACAGGGAGCACGGGCACGCUGUUCUCCCCGAGGAGGUGGCUCCAGAGGAAAGCGCAGCCGGCCAGCUCUCGGGCUUACCUCGUGUGGAAGUUAGAGGGUGACUUCACCUGGAGCAGCCUGUCGGGGCGGAGCGUGCGCCUGACUCCAGUUGCCAUCCAGAGCCUAUCAGAGCUUGAGAGGGCCAGGCUGCAGGAAGUAGCCUUCACCCGUUUACUCCAGGAUUAUGACCUUGGAUGUCAGAUCACCAUGCCAAAAGAUGGGCAGAAGAGGAAAAAGUCGCUGAGGAGGAAGUUGGACUCGCUCGCGAAGGAGAAGAGCAAAGACAAAGAAUGCAUCCCCCAGGCCUUCAGUAUACCGCUCUCCCAAGUCAUUGGGAAUGACAGGACGCACAGGCAGCGACAGGACAGCUUUCGCCAGGACCCGCCACAGCGUGAGGAGCACAAGGACUCCUCUGACCUCGUCUCGUCCAUCAUACAGUUUGCCACAAAGAGGUCCUCCAAUAAGGAGUUAUCAAGCAGCAACUCGUCUUUGAGCUCCACAUCCGAGACGGCCAAUGAGUCAACGUCGCCCAACACGCCUGAGGCUGCACCACGAGCGCGCAGGAGGGGAGGCAUGUCCGUGGACUCCAUCACGGACCUGGACGACAACCAGUCCCGCCUGCUGGAGGCCCUGCAGCUGUCUCUGCCGGCUGAGACGCCGAGUAAGAAGGAGAAGCACCGGGACAAAAGGCUGAGCCUGAAUCCCAUUUACAGGCAGGUGCCACGGGUGGUGGACAGCUGCUGCCAGCACAUUGAGAAAUAUGGUUUGCAGACUGUGGGGAUCUUUAGAGUUGGGAGCUCAAAGAAGAGAGUCCGACAGCUACGUGAGGAGUUUGAUCGAGGCAUCGACGUCCAGCUGGAUGAGGAGCACAGCAUCCAUGAUGUGGCCGCUCUGCUGAAGGAGUUCCUCAGAGACAUGCCGGACCCUCUUCUCACCAAGGAGCUCUACACGGCCUUCAUCAACACCACAUUGUUGGAUCAAGACGAGCAGCAGAUCAUCACUCAGCUACUCGUCUACCUCCUCCCAGCAUGCAACAGUGACACCCUGCAUCGGCUCCUGGAGUUUCUCUCCACCGUGACCGACCACGCCGAAGACCGGCUGGACAAAGACAGGCAAGAGAUCACAGGGAACAAGAUGACAUCGCUGAAUCUGGCCACCAUCUUCGGCCCCAACCUUCUCCACAAGCAGAAGAACUCAGACAAAGAGUUCAGCGUCCAGAGCACGGCCCGAGCGGAGGAGAGCACGGCCGUCAUCGCCGUCCUGCAGAGGAUGAUCGCCAGCUAUCAAACCCUCUUCCUGGUGCCUCCUGAUCUGCAGAAUGAGGUUUUGAUGAGUCUAUUGGAGACUGAUCCUGAUGUGGUGGACUACCUUCUGAGAAGAAAAGCAUCACAGAGUCCUGACCUGCUGCAGACGGAGGAGCCCUUCACUCUGAGCGAGCGCCGCUCCUCCAGUGACUCCAACAAGGCGUCCAGCGGAGAGGUGUCCCCUUAUGACAACAACUCUCCUGUUCUGAGCGAGCGGAGGGGAGAACCAGGAAGUCCGGGCAGUGAGCAGCUCUACCGUGUCCCAGAACACAUGGCUGACACUUGGGGAAGUAAAGACACUAUAUCAGAGGAGCAUGCAAACAUUUGGGGUACAUGGCACACUACCUUGAAACCAGCACUCAAGGACCAACCAUACACAGGAUCUCAUGGCAACAUGUCCGAGGGAAGCUCCCGCAGCUCACAGGAAGGUCUGGAUGGACUCCACGGCGAGGGCAGGCAGCAGACAACACUACAACGGACUCAAACAGCACCUGGCGUCACUGACGUCAGACCCCACCCUCCGGUCACCAGGGUAUGCACGAGCCCUCAUGUCGGACGACCGCGUCUGCAGCUCAGCAUCAACCCCUCUGCGACGUCACACAUCAACAGCAAACAUCGAGCAGGUGGACCUGGACUAACUCCGGCCUCGAGAGCUCAAGGCGGCGCAAACACUGGAGACGGUUGCCCGAAUGACAUUCGCUGUCCUCCCCCUUAUAACGCCCACCAUCGACUGGCCGGUACGCAGAGCUCGCCUCAGCUAGCGACGGCUCAGCAGCCCCCCCUGCAGCGCGGGAGGCUCAGCGGGGCGCAGAGUAACUCAGCCUCAAUGACAGAGGCCCAAAUGGUGCCACACACGCCAGAGUGGCAAGACUGGCAGAGGGACCGGUGGCAGAUCUGGCAGCUGCUUUCCUCGGACAAUGCUGAUGCACUGCCGGAAACGCUGGUGUGAUGUCAGCCUAGAAACUGCAGAGACUCUGCUAUUGGACCAUUUCUACACGGGGGCCAUUCUUCUGAUUUCAAGCCAAGGGGGGAAGCUCUGAUGCUGUUUUAUUGCGGUCCAGGAGGAAAAUGAUGUCCGUUUUAAAUGUCUCAGAUCAGCAAACUUAAGUCAUGUCAGAGUUUGAGAACGUCUGGUUGUGUCACAAAAUAUGAUGUGGAUUGGAAAUUGGGUCUUGCAUGUAUGACUUAGCAGUGCAAUACUUUAACAGCAUUUGGGCUUCCCACCAUUAGUGUAACAUACGAGAAAAAUGGCUGCCCUUCAAACAUGGUGAACUGGGAUGAUCAAACCCCUCCAAUGACAAUCACUCCUUCAAGGGAUGACUCAUUUUUAAGUGGGGAUGUAUGAGGUACCAGAAAUACUUAAGCCGCCAAAAAUAGAUCAACAUGUCAAUUGUAUUUGUGGAUACUCUCGGGUGAGGAUUACUUUGGUUUCCUCAAGUUACACCAAGUUCUGUUCAGUUAUAUCGACCCCAGAGAGCGCUGGCUGGCUCUCCUGAACCCCAACACUCCUGAGACAACUCCACAUCUGCACCGAUUGUUUUAGCUUCAGAGGAUCAUGCAAAACUUAUAGCAAAUAAUCCAACCAGACUCUGAAUAAAUUGGCCAAAGCACUUAAUGUGGAAGGAUACAGGGUUGUGAUGGGGAAGGGGAGAUAGUCCCAAGAGGAAAGGCCGUUCCCGCCAAGGUAGAGUGGUGCAAACAUCAGGAAUAUGGCGUACAAGUAGGACUUGUAUUUCUCCAUUUACGUACCAAACACAACCCCACUACAGACUACCCCUUUAACUUACACAUAAACCAUCCACCCUUCUUCUGCAUCCUAACACAAUGCUGUUGUUUGUUUACGUGCCCAGCUGCUGCCUUAUUGUACAGACUUCAACAUCCGAGAGCCACUAGUGUUUCUUGAUUAGCGUGGAUGUCCAAAAAAAGUUGCUUCUGCUCUUUAACCUUGUUCAUCCUUAAGAAAGCCGCCCACAACGAAUACCUCAGAAACGUUUCCGAAUGUUACCACGAUCAUGUAUUCUUUUCAUAGAGAGUCAAGUCUUCAUAUAUCAGUGGAGAACAUUAGGAGUUUAGUUAUUCAUUUUUAAAGAACGUCUCUUUUCCACCAUGGAGAACCGAAGACGUAGAGUAAUUGCUGCUAAAUGUGGAUUGUGUGUGUGUACUGGUAUCGUAGUUCAGCCACAUCGGUCCAACAGAGAUCAAAUGUUGAAUAUGUAUCAAUGUCAGAUUAUGUUUGACUGUAUAUAACAACCUGUUGAUAAACCUACGUAAACAAUAUCUAUGUACAUGACAUGUAAAGUAUAUAAUUUCAGAUCUACUUACACUUCAGCCCUUUAACUGGCAGUCUGAACGCUGCUCGUGUCUCUAAUAUUGAAUGUAAAGUACUUCGCUUAUGGCCUCAUUGCUUAGACCUAGCUAUAAAGCACUCAGCUGGAAGUUUGUUAUGUGUACUCUUGCAGGAACAAUGUGCCAAAGUUUCCUUUUUUUUACCACAGGAUAUUUAUGGUAACGUAGUUUUCAUUUCAUCCAGUUAUUUGGCAAGGUCAAGAUAGCAGGAGCACAAUAUUGCAAAGAUAGAUGCAAGAUAAUGAGUAUUCAAUAUGGAUUUUAAAGAUCAAUGAGUAUAAUUUAUGUAACAUAGUUGUGUAAAAAUCAGAGAUAUGGAAGGCCAAAUGUGACAAAUAAAGAGCUGGAAAAAACAAGUGUUUAAAUGCAUCUUAGGGAAGCUCAAUUUGUGAUAGGAUUUACAGUGCUGGGUAUUUACUAUUUUGAUAUCCACCUGAUCAUAAAGUUACAGGAGUGAGUAAAAAUAGAAGAACAACCAAGUCACAAGCGACCUUUACAUCCCUAAUUUUAACAAAUGGAACCGUAUAAAUAAUCCCUUUCAUGAAUUAAUUCUAUGUUACUAAAAGCAUCCAUUCAUCUCUCAAACUCUGUUAAAAUUAAGAAUAAUUCAAAGAAUAAUUUGACUUUUAUCCAAUUACCUACCAUUUCUAAUUCACAGAGAGGAUACAGUUUGCAAAUAUUAACACACUGGCUGCAGUAAGUAACAUUAUAAUGAAGUAAAUCUUAAGUAAUUCUGAUUUCAAACAUAUGCCCAAUAGCAGGGGUGUGUCCAGAGGGAUGCAAAGAUCUGAUUGGCCAUCCUAAGAUCCUUAGAUAUGAGAUAAUUCGAUAACAAUAAUUAAAUAUAACAAAUGUUUGAUACAAAUUUGAUAUAUCUGCUCUUGCUCCUAAAAAUACAACAUUAUGCAGGAGGUUAAUUGCAUUUCUUAAACUGUAACUUGCAAGAAUUGGGCUUAGAAGAAUUAAACAAAGUCAAUCUGAAAAACAAGAAUUUUGCUCAUUUAAAAAAAUACUUCUCCAAGCAGCCUGUCCAAACCUCUCAAACGUCACCUUUCAGUGGGUAUUUGCUGGCGAAUACUCCUCACUCUCCUCUCCUCAGGAUGUAAUCUGUACACAUUUCUAUAACUUCACAUCCUUCUAAGUGACUUAUGUGAAGAGUUCUGGCGCCAUCUAGUGUCAAAGUGUUAGCAUGAUGCAUGAUGCAGCUUCCUCCAGUUCACUGUUUCAGUGGGAUCAACCCGACAGUCAGCUUGUGAUUGAAGCACCUUUCUGUAAAUGUGUGUAUCUGUUUGAGGACACACACAGAUGUCCUCCAUGCUUGCUAACGGUUCACAUGUUGUGUUUUUUAUGACUUUUUAAGCUGGUUGUUGUAAGAUAUUAAACAAUAUAUAUAACAACUUUAUUCCAGUGGAGAAAUAAUCCCAGCUUCGUCCUCCCACACAGAGUGGGUUCGUCUCGCUGACUUCACCGUGAGUCUGAGACGGGCUUGGUUUGGGUGUGGUUCUCUGUUGAUGUCUUUGUGGGGUUUACUGGGUCCAAGUUGUAAAGGAAAGUCUGGUUAUUGUUUUUGUACUGUGUGUCAUCAUCAAUAUGCUACAAUGGAAUUAAAUAUGAUAACGUU